CUGUGUUCUUUAGUUCUACCGAUACCCGAGAUUAUAUCGGCAAUCGCCACGUCUGGUACCAGCAUAACUGUGCGCUGGAAGGAAGUCAAUAUCGCUCAAACGCUCUACCUUGCAAAGGCCAGUGCAGACGAGCAAGUGCAGAGCAGUUGUUCCUGCACGGACCCCUGUUCCAGCUGCAAUUUGGAGGCCCUCAGAAUAGGGAUUGGGUACAGCAUUAGCUUAGACAUCUGCAACGAGGUGAGGUGCAUUUCCUCCGAAGAGGAUUUGUACGCGACUACAAUUCCUGGUGUUCCCGAACCGCCCACCAAUGUUACAGUGAAGUUAGAGUAUCCAACACAAGUGAGAGUCCAGUGGAAUCCGCCGAACGUUACGAACGGUGAAGUCGCUAACUACACUGCCCUCGUCUUCCGACCCUAUUUCUUCAAGUGCGCAGUUCGUGGAAAUGUCAAUACCUCCUGCAUACUCCGCGACCUCUUUGAGGGCACCACCUAUUCCGUUGACGUAUAUGCCUGUAAUGACCCCAAUGAGCAUGGCGUGGGAGGAGGUUGCAGUCGACUCUCGAAAGCUGUAUCCUUCACCACAUGGACAGGCUUUGAUCCAAUUGUGAAAAGAACGCUUGGCAUUCGGCGGGAUUUGAACCCGCAUAGUAGAGAAGGCCUUUACGCGAAGCCAAUGCUCUCCCAGUUGAGCUCCAAAUGUCCCGCUUCAUACAAUUUACAAUCGCUCAUAGAAUUUGAGGAGGAAUACGAAAGUGUAUUCGUGGAGCCCAUUGGACCGUCCAUCAACAAGCGCAACGAUUUGGCGUUUCCCAUACGGUGUGCUGAAACGUUGCCUGAGCAGCAGAAUCAGUCGCGUGGUAAGGGUCAGGCCCAGCAAAACCCUGACGACAGCGAGCAUAACUGUAGCGCAAUUAGCAAGUCUGCAUCUGACAAGGAAAUCUCGGAAAUUAAUGAGUUGAACGCGAAUUGUCAAGCCAUCACCGCACCUACUAAGACCCAAGCGCUGGCAACAGGAAAGGAUAAUCACAGUACGCACGCGGAUGACUGCUAUGAACUAUAA